CAAGAGUUUAAUAGGUUAUGUUUCAGGUUUCCGUUCGGAUCGGUCUCGAUCUUCAAACAUUUAAAAGUUUAAGCGAAAAACUAUAACCAACUAGCUAAGCCAAGAAUAUAAAGAAUGGAUGUAAUAAAAUCGGUUGGAAAGUAUCUGAACACUCCCGUUGGAACUGUAUGUUAUAAUACAGACAAAGUGUUGACAACAGUUCUUGAUAAAGAAAAUGUAGAAGGUUUUGCAAGUAUUGUUUUAAGACUGGCUGCAAAAAGUGGCACUCCAAUGAGUCAAGAGCAAAUACUUCUUAGUUAUCAAUGGCUGGAACACAUAGCAAUGUAUGGCAACCAAGCUCUUGCCAAUCCUACAUUUGCUAAAAACUUUUUACAGGGAAUUAAUAAAGCUUUAGCUAAAAAUACAUAUUUAACUGGACAAGCUCUGACAGUGGCAGACAUCGCUGCUUAUCAUGCCCUGUAUCCUUUGAUUGAGCGUCUAAAUGUUUUAGAACAAGAAUUGUUUAUGAAUGUCUGCAGGUGGUCAAAGCAUAUCCAAGCUCAGCCCAGAGUGUGUACAAAUCGGCCACCAUUACCAUUAAAUACUUUAACCCUUUCUAUUCUUGCACCUGCUGUACAUUGAGUGAGCUACUUUGUGUUUGUAACUGAGUUUCAAAUGCUUGAUAUUUGUAUUACAUAUUGUCAUCUCUUUCAUUUAUUUUCAUUAAAAAGAGACAACAAUAUGUGCCAGUACAAUUGUCACGGCAUUGGAAUUUCAUGGUUAUAUUCAUUUUAUUUAUUAUGAUUGUGUCAUAAAAUGCUGGGCAAUAAAUGUGUUUUGUGU